CGUUUUUGUUCUUGUCCCGUGCCGUUAACAGCGCAUGCGCGUCCGUGUCCUGACGUGAUCACGUGGUGUUUGUGUGCUGCGUACGCGGCGCAACUGGAAGCGAAGAUGGCGGACGAGGAGGAGGCCGAGCAGGAGCCCUGCGGUCAGAGCCGCAGUCACAGCGUCCUGAGGGCGCUUUCAGCGCGACUGGAGGAUUUAUCUUCUGCUCUGAGGGCCAGUGUGGGGCCUGUGGGGGGGGAGGAGGAGGAGACCACAGCACACUACUGUCGUGCUUUCUGUCAGACUCUGGUGGAGUGUGUGAGUGUGUGGAGGUCAGAUGAGGACCCGUGGCCCGUGUUGGAGAGUUACCGUGUGGCGUUGUUGAGUUUUGCGCGAGUGUCCACACACCUCUCUAACCGCAGUGAGAACGUCAGCGUGGUUCUCGAGAGACUCUCACUGAGCUGUGUGGAGCUACUGCUGUCUAUAACUGACACAUUUCCAGAUGCAUUGUGGGAACAGUUUCAGUCCUCUAUACAGAUGGCACACGUGCUGCUGCAGGGCUGCGGCAUCACUCAGCUGCGGCUGCUCUCUGUAGCCACUCAGGAGCAGGGCAUGUGGAUCAACAGCACACUACAGAGCCUGCUGAGAAAUGAGACGCCUCCAGAAGAGAAAGUGCACGAGUUCCUGAUGCGUGAAGGUCCAGACCUGCUGCAGCUCCGGCUGAAGCACCUGAUUAAAGAGAACUCCAUGGAGAAGGCAGCACUGCUGGCUAAAGCCUGUGCAGAUUUCCAGGAGUUUGGGGGAACCAGAGGACACUUUAAACAGAGCUACCUGGUGUGUGUGUGCUCGUGUGCACCACAGGACACACUCAUGGAGGAGCUCACUCAUGUGGACUGUCGUGAUGCUCUGGAGAUGAUCUGUAACCUGGAGGCAGAAGGUGAUGAGAGGGCAGCAUUCACUCUGUGUUCAGGCUUCCUGACCCGACAGCUACUACAGGAGGACUCCUACUGCGCCUGGGAACUAACACUUUUCUGGAGUAAACUCUUGAAGCGAUUGGAACCUUCAGAGCAAAGCUUUCUUGAAAAGUGCCAGAAGAUGUCUCUACUCGCCAAAACAGUGUUCCACCUGCUCUUCUUUAUCAAAGUGAUCCAGUCUGAGUUGGACAAGAUCGGACUGCCAGCCUGCAUCGAGAUGUGUAUACGUGCUUUGAGGAUGGAGUCCUGUGAGGGAGCCAACAAGGCAACUAUCUGCAAAACCAUCUCGUGCCUCCUGCCCUCUGACCUGGAAGUAAAGCGGGCCUGCCAGCUAACGGAGUUCCUCCUGGAGCCGACAGUCGACUCUUAUUACGCCGUGGAGACGCUGUACAACGAGCCUGACCAGAAGCUCGAGGAGGAAAACCUUCCCAUACCCAACUCGCUACGCUGCGACCUCUUCUUAGUUUUCAAAACCCAGUGGCCUUUUGAUCCAGAGUUCUGGGACUGGAAGACACUAAAGCGUCACUGUUUAGGCCUCAUGGGCGAGGAGGCAUCUAUAGUGUCCUCUAUUGACAAGUUAAAUGAUGAUCGCUUUGUUGAAGCUGAGCAAGAGGACUUGGACUUUGCGCCUGAGGAGUUCAAGGAUGUUUUCGAAUGCUUUUUAGACACAACAAAUGAACUCAAAGAGAUCGCAGACCAACGACAAAAAAACCGAGAAGUUAAGAAGUUGAGGGAGAAAGGGUUUGUGUCGGCUAGGUUUAGAAACUGGCAAGCGUACAUGCAGUACUGUGUGCUGUGUGAUAAAGAGUUUCUUGGUCAUAGAAUAGUGCGACAUGCACAGACUCACUUCAGAGAUGGGUGUUAUAGCUGUCCGAUUUGCACAGAGACAUUUGAAACGAGAGAAACACUAGAUCCGCACGUCGCGUCACAUGUAAAGCUGUCCUGCAAAGAGCGCUUAGCUGCCAUGAAAACCACUAAGAAACUGACUGAUGCAAAAUCUUCUGCCCCUGAUAUUGCAGUUCUGGGUAACAAAAGUGCAGAAAAUCAGGCACGAAAAAUGAAGGCAAAAACCUGCAGUGGAGAAUCUGGUCAUCUGUACAAUGGAGAUGCUCUGGGUCCUCAGACUGAGGUUACAGGAGUCCGGGUCAACGGGAGAGAGCGGAAUGUGUGUCCGGUCUCCAGCUGCAGAAAAGCCUUCAAGUUUUUUCGCAACCUUCUGACCCAUGUGAAGGAUCAUGGGGAGGUCGAAGAGGCAAAGCGCUUCCUUGAAUUACAGACCACGAAGAUAGUAUGUCAGUAUUGUCGUCGUCAUUUCGUUAGUGUCAGUCACCUCAAUGACCAUCUGCAGGUCCAUUGUGGUGCUAAGCCUUAUACUUGCAUUCAGCUGAACUGCAAAGCUAGCUUUGACACAAACGCUGAGCUUCUUGUGCAUAGCAAAGGCCAUCUAGUCUUUAAGGCCAAAUGCAUGUUUCCUGGCUGUGGAAAAAUUUUCAGUGAAGCUUAUAAACUUUAUGACCACGAGGCACAGCAUUACAAAACGUUUACGUGCAAAGUGCCUGGUUGUGGUAAGGUGUUUCAUGCACAGUCUCAGUUAGAAUUGCAUGAGGAGAGUCAUAAUGCUAAGAAAGUCGAGACACAGAGUUCUGAGAGUGACGGUGCUUGUGUUGUAGAACCUCAACCACAUGUCUCCAGUGAACCAGCCCAGCAAGAUGCCCAGCAAGAUGACCAGCAAGCUGCCCAGCAUAAUGCAAAUUCAGGGCCUCCAAUAAACUCUAGCUGCAUGAUGAUCCCUGUAGAUCACUCAACAAGCAUGGUGAAAGUGAAGCACUCAAUAGAAAACAUGCUCAACCCUUCUGGUCAAGGUCCGACACAAGCGUUCGGACUUGUGACCUGCAAAACCGAGCCACCUGAUCCAAAUCUUGUGCAGCAGCCACAGAUACCACAUAUGGAGAUCCAGCAGAUCCAACCUCAAAUAAACCCUUCCAUGCCUCACAUGAAUGGACCCAGACCUGAAGAAUCCUUGUUAGAUGUGUUAAUGAAUGAUGCAAUGCUCACUCCAUCUUGCCCACUUCCACCAGCAUCUUCAUAUCAGAGCCUCCUAGAGGACUUUCAGCAAGCUCCAUCAGGAGAUGUUUUGCAAGCUCAAAUGGAGUCUGCUGUUUCCCAGAGUCACACCCAGCCUUUAUACAGCAAUGAGAACACUGAAUAUGUGCAGUAUGAUUCUGUACCCCCGAUUCACACGGGCUACCAGGUUCCAUAUGAGAACAACAUGGGUCCCUUAACGCAGACCGCACAAAAUGGUUCACAGGUAAUGCCUGUGUCUCAGAGGCUUCCUCCACAAGUCACACCGUUUCCCACCAACAGACCGGUUCAGCCACUGCAGGCCAAUAUGCUCAGUUCUGUAGUUGAGGAAAAGAACAGAUACAAAUGUGCAUAUGAAACAUGUUCUCGAGAUUACAGCUCCUACAGAAGUCUUACUAAACACAUGAAAGCUGCUCACUGUGAGUUUUAUACACAAUGGAAACUGGCAAGGAGGAACAACAAAGUACCACCAAUCACAAGCAGAGCUGCAUCCAUGAAUGGCAAAUGUAUUUCUACAGAACCUUUACAGAAACAGCUGGAUCCGAAGACUCCUGCCCCACUGACCCUAACGCAGAAGUCCCCCGUUCAGUCGCACUACUCAGCAAGUUGUUUAAACUCUAGUUACCCCUCGGGGUCUUCUCAUUUACCCGGUCCUUCUGGUCAGACUUUCCCAAACCAAAUGGACAGUAUACUGGAUCCCAUUGUGCUGUCACAGUUAGGAAAUGCUGCAGCUCAGCCUCAUACAGCUUCUCAGUCUUCGUGGAAUCCCAUCCCAGUGAACACUUCACUUCAGCAGCAGAAUUACCGUUCACAACCAAUGACCUCUUCUGCUGAACAUUUCUCCUCACAGACGGAAACUGCACCACAAAACCAAGUACCAAAUUCCUAUACUGGAGAAAUGACUUACCCUAAUUUAGAACAUCAGAACAAUCCCUCAUGUCGCUUCACCCAGACGCAACCAAACGUUCACCCAACGAUGAAUAAUCCAGCCAAAUUAGGCCGUCCUACUGCUUCAUCACCACCUCACUACAUUCAGCAACCAAAGACCAGCUCCAUCCCAGUAGUCAAACAUACAGAGUGUGUUGUAAAACUGGAGAGAAACCCAGAUUUGGUUCCAUCUCCUCCAAACAUGUCACAACAAACCAACCCUUUAGCAUCCAUGAACAUUCAAGCUUCUCAAGAUGACACCAGCAGUUCCGCACAUGAUGGAGACAUCAAAAAGAGGAAGCGAAGCAGCAGAACAAAGUGGCCAGCCAUCAUCAAAGACGGGAAGUUUAUUUGCUGUCGCUGCUUUAGAGAGUUUCAAAGUCCUAAAUCUCUCGGAGGACAUUUGUCUAAACGUGCUGUCUGCAAACCCUACGAUGAAGCAGUUUUGUCUGCAGAACUUCCUAGUUCAUUUCUUGAGCUUUUGAACUCCCCUCACCCAUCAGACACACCCCAGUCCUCGCCGUCCGCACUGGGCAGCUCCGCUCAAGCAUGGCCCUCACUGUCUAAAGGCCCCCUUGAUCCAAAAUUGUUUCCCAAUGUCACAUUUCUCAAUACUCAAGAUUCCGUGUACAACAGUGACAGUAAGCCGAGCAGUGACACCGUCCAGCAAAGUUCACCACGUCUGGGGGAGUCUGGUGGACGUCAGCAGACUUUUGCUGAAUCGACCGUCUCUUACCCUCAAGACAGCCAAAACAGUGUAAUUCAACACACUGGAAAUAUCAAACACAAGUGUAAUCAGAGUCAAAUGAAUUAUACCCAGCCUUGCAACCCCUUACCAAGUGACGCUAGUACCUCAGAUCAACUUUUGUCUCGCUUGUUAAGUGAAAACCAAACUUCUGACUCCAACAUUACCAGGAGUCCUGCUAGUCAUCUCGACAGGAUCCUUCAAGCUGAAACACUAAACAAGAUUAAGGAGAUUAAAGACAAAUGUACCAUUACGAAUGCUAGUGGAUUAUCCAACGAUGGGCUUCUUGCUGCCAUGGCUAGUCUCGCUCAAAAUCUGGUCUCGGAAAAGAGCGUAAAGGAAAGGCUUCGUGAACAGAUAUUAGCUGGAGACUUCCAAAAGAGAAGCGUUUCUUUCCAAGGUCAGGGAGUCGAUAACUUGAAUGUACAGAGUCUGAUGACUGAUGUUCCACACCACAUGGCAAAUGUCAUUCAGAAGGAUGUUCAGAGUAAUGAACGGAGUGUCGGAUGUAGUAUUGAACUUGGUGAACUUCGUUUCAUCCAAUCUGGAAGUGUUGUACCCGGUGAGACCUUGACGCAGGUUCCUCUGGCUUGUGCUUCUGACAAAAGUGUGACAAGUGAUUCAUUUAAUAAGCCACCAGUACAAGAAGACCCUGAAGAUAUCACUGAAAUUCUUAAAGCGCUCGAAAGACUGGAUCUGGAUAGGGACGUAAGCCAUGAGCAGACACCUACCAUCACUGUGGAGGCUGAGAGCGUGACUAAGAUCUCAGAAACUGCAUACACCUUUAUGGUACGAGGAUAUUCUUGUGACAACGAUGGUUGUGGUUACAGAGCAAUGACAAAAGAUGCCCUCUUUAAACAUCUCAUGAAACAGCAUAACUACACCGAGGACAUGCUAAAUCAGUGUCGGAAGGAACAGUUUAACUUUGCACCUUUUAAUUGUCAGCUCUGUCCUAAGACCUUCACACGAAACUCCAACCUCAGAACCCAUUAUCAGUCUGUUCAUAAUUAUUCACACGAACAGGUGGUCAAGAUGGGGAUUACACGACACUACAGCCGGAAAUCCAUGGAGGCUGGUCAAAGUCUUUACACCACCCCAAACAUGUCAGAUUUCCCCAAUCCACCAGGACCAAAGGUGCUCUAUUCUGGACAUCAGCAGAACUCUGAGUCUGGUGUCCCAAGUUUCAUAUCUGCAGUUGGAAGCAUUAAAUCAGAAUUCAACAUUCAGCCUGUUGAGCAACACCAUCCUGUUGCUUCUGUCAGUUCUGGUGUCUCUGGGACUGUACAGAAAGCACAUGCAGCUCCACAUCAGCUCCACAAUCAGGCUCCUAUGCAUCCAUCAGUGAUUAAGGCUGUUCCUUCCUUGCUAGCCACCUCAAGUGUGGAGCAGAAGUUAAAUUGUCCAAAUGGUGUUGUGCCAGGUUCCCUUGUACCUUCUCAGCUUAUCCAUGAAAUGUCCCCUGGGGGUCUGUUGCCUUCAGAAGCCCCACAUGUUGCCCCGACUCCUGUCGUCCUGGCACAGGCAGGGAACCUUUUCUCCGAUAAGAAACCUAAACUGGGACGACCUAAAAUGACAAAACCAAAGGAAGUGACAAAAAAGACUAAAGAAAAAAAGACAGACCUGGAUGACGUGUUCAGCCCCUAUCGGCCGUAUCGCUGCGUCCAUCAGGGUUGUGUGGCUGCCUUUACAAUCCAGCACAAUUUAAUUCUUCACUACAAAGCUGUACAUCAGUCUGCACUCCCCAAAUUUGAAGUUGAUGAGGAAGAUGAACAGAUGGAGGAAGAGAAUAAUGACGAGGAAGAGAGCGACAUGCCUGAUGGUGAGGUCAGUGAGGUGACAGAAUUUCGCUGUCAGGUCAGAGACUGCUGUUGUAUAUUCCAGGCUGUUACGGACCUCCUGCAGCAUUACCUUCAGCUCCACAAACUCAGCCUUGAUAAAGCAGGUAUCAUGAUGUCUGGUAUGAACCUGGGCAGGUUUCAGUGUGACCAACCAGAAUGUGAUGUUACCUUCACAGGAUUCUGGAAGUAUGUUAACCACAUUGACAGCGAACACAAGCAGGUAAAGCUCUGUAGAACUGAGCCUGUUGAUGGGAUGUUUCAGUGUGAGGUUGAGGGUUGUAGCUGUGUUUAUACCACACGCUCAAACCUACUGCGGCACAUCAUGAAAAAACACCAAGACCUUUACAAACUCCGGCUGCUGAACACGAGAGGUGUCAAACUCGGCCGUCCUCCAAAGAACAGAUUAGUCUCUCCUGAGAAGGAAAAUAGAGAAUUUAAUAAAAAACAUGUUCAGAAGGGAGUAGAGAAAAAGAAAAGGAAACAAAAGAACCUCUGGACAAAAUACGGAAACCCUAUUUUGAAAUCGAAAGAGGAGGCUUCUGCCAUGUGCACCAAGAGGAUCCAGCUGCAGUACCCUUGCAUGCUUAAAGGCUGUGAAACGGUUGCCGAGUCUGAGCGAAAGCUCAUGAAGCAUUAUGUCCAGCAUGGCUUGCCAAAACAGUACCUGGAGGAGCAGAGGAGCAACUACAUCUUCUGCAAGAAAAUGCCUCGCUCCAAGUACAAGCGAAUUGCCUCUAGGAGUGAUGAUACUGACAAGUCUGACGAAAGCUCGAUUGAAGCAUCUGAGAACGAGGACGCUGUGGACACCGGACCCAGUGAAUCAGAGUUCUCAAAGCCAACAUCUGAAAAGGAGAGCACUGAGGACACUGAAGUCUCAGAUGCGAAACUGUCCAGUGACUUGAGCUCUGAUAUCUCAGUGGUGGUAAAGCGGAAGCGAGGUCGCCCACGCAAGGGGGAACGUGUCAAACACACGCCGUAUGCACGCAAGAGGAUGACACGGUUAAGAGUGGCGCAGACUCACUCCAACCAUGCAGGCUUCAACUCUGACCGCACGUCUUCCAGAGACACGCUGCCACAAGAGCAAAGUGCAACUCUGAGCUCUUUCAAGCCAAUGGGAUUUGAGGUAUCCUUCCUCAAGUUCCUGGAGGAAUCGAGUAAGUCCACUGGAAAGAGGAAGACUGAUGUACAACCUCACAAGAGAUUCCCAACCGUGCAUCUAAAGACAGCCUCGGUGGUGUGCAGCAGGAUCAACCCCGAUCACCACUGCCGUGAUGUACUGAAACUUGUUGAGUUUAAGAACCCACAAAAGAUAACUACUCUUAGUAAGGUGACGUUCGAGGUGCACAGAGGAUUCUCAAAUGUUUUCGAACUCUUGCUCAAACAGCUGCAUGAUAUGAGACCUGCAGUGGUCAUUCAUAAAGAGGGCGUGUCUGAUGUUACAGGGUAGUUCUCAGGACUGGGGUGGGGGUGGAGCCAUAGCUCCAGUGUUGCUCUUUUUUGGGAUGUUAAAUCAUGGGUACAGAAAGUUAUAAACUGUUAGGAUAUUUCCAUGCCCAUGAUACUGAAUGCUCCUGUUAACACCUGCUAAUCCCUCUACAGGACUGUGUAUUAAACUUUUUAAGUUGUUAAUUAAAACAGUUAAUGAUAUACCUCUUGCGCAUGCCCUUAGAUUUAUCCGGCACACGUGGUAAAUGUUGGAAAUGAACCUUUAGCGGAAGAUUAUAAUCGUUGCGGCUCCUUUAAAAGUGAACUAGUUUCUGUGGUGGUCGGACUGCCGACCCUGUAGUGCAGUGGUGAGCUGUAGAUGGUAACCAUUUUAGUCUUGUUCAUCUUGCAUUGUAAAAUUUGAACGUCUAUAGCAUUGUCUGUCUGUGCACAUACUGACUCUCGGGGUAAUUUACUGCCACCAGCAGUCUGUACCUUAAACAACAGAGACCAAUUUAUUACAGCUUGCAUUUUCUACCUCUGUGGUGUUUUGUGUGCUGUUUUUUUGUUCCCUGUUAAACACGAUGCCGUUCUUUCUCUUAUGUCGAUGCAAAAGAAUGAACAAAGGUUUGAACAGCAAUGUAGUUUUGGUUUAUUGCUCUAACGCAGGUACAUUUAACUGGCACACACAUUUUGAUACAUUGAAUAUUUUGCAUUUAUUAUAAAAUCAUAAAAAUAAAAAUCCUUUUUAUGUA